CAUAAAGACUGGUCCGUCUGCGUGCAAGUCCGGAGCCCUCUGGAACUUUGGAGUUGAUUAGGCCUCAAGCUGUACAUUACAUUGCGAGACUACCUUAUUCAAUGGAUUACUGAGAGCAAAAUGGGAGGCAAAGCGAAACCGCAGACACCUCACUCCACCCCCUUCCCCAUAAACUGGCCAGCUCAGCUCCCCUAUCUCACUGCACCUUCUCUCUCGCCGCACCUCACCCCGGCCCACCUCCGGGCCCUCCGCACCCGCCUGACAGACUCAUCCGACCCGCUCCCGGAGAUUCCCCGCGAUCUGAAGCCGGGCCCGUGUCCGGCCGUCCGCAUCACCCGGAUCACGGACCCCAACCACCCCGCCUACGGCCAGGCAGGGCUCUUCGCAACCCGCGACCUCGCGCCCGGCGAGCUGGUCCUGCCGUACCUGGGCGAAGUGCACAUCGGCACGGCGCCGUUCGGCAGCCCUACCUCUGCCUCUGACGACUACGACUACGCCACAUCGGACUACGACCUCUGGCUGGACCGGGACGCCGACCUCGCGGUGGACGCCGCGCGCAUGGGCAACGAGGCACGCUUCAUCAACGACUACCGCGGCGUGCCGGGCCGGGACGGCAGGAAAGCGAAUGCCGAGUUCCGCGUAGCGUGGGAUCCCCGCAGAGGAGGAGCGGAAGGAGGGGAGAGGUGCAUGGCUGUGUUUGUACUACAUGCUGGCAAAAGGGCUGUUGGGAGGGCGAGGGUCGUGGGGAUUGCGAAGGGGGAGGAAGUGCUGGUUAGCUAUGGGAGGGGGUUUUGGCAGGGCAGGAGGGAGGAAUGCUCAACAGGGGGGAGCUAG